AUGCAAAUAUAGCAACAGCAAUUAAUGAUGUCCUUGUAGAAUUUAAUCUAGUAAAUAAAACAUUGGCACUUACCACUAAUAAUGAGUCGGCAAUGUUGGUCUGUAGAUCUACAUAUCAUAGACUAGAAAUUGUUGAUCAAAAUAUUGUUAAUAUUCGUACAUUAAUGUCAAAGAUCAAAGAAUCAAUAGUCUUAUGCGAUGAAUUAAAGGAGCUAUAUAAUGUGCAAAAAUUAGAUUAUCUAAAACCAGAACUAAAUAUUGUAACUAAAAUACUAGCUGUUAAUCAUGAUGAAAUUCAAAAUUUAAUACCUACACCAGAUACAUGGACAAAAAUUAAG